AUGGCCGGAGCAUCGCGUCGCUCCUCACCGUCCUCCUCGUCGCGUCCAAGCCCCAUGGGUGUUCAGCCCCCGCGGCCCCAGAACGCAUGGAUUCUCUAUCGCUCCGAUAAGCUGCGCGAGAUGAUGCAGCGCCAGACCGAGUCCGGGCAGCCCAAGAAAGCCCAGGCCGACGUUUCCAAGGAGGUCGCGCUCUUGUGGAAAACAGAGUCACCAGCGGUUCGUGCAGAGUACGAGCGAUUGGCGGAGAUGAAGAAGCUCGAGCACCAAACAAAGUAUCCUGGCUACAAGUUCCAGCCAAUGAAAAAAGAAGAUAAAGCUCGCAUGCGGCAGUUGAAAAAAGAGGAGAAAGAAAGGGCACGAGACGAGGCAAGAAAGGGCAAGGCCCGGCUCACCCCUUACACCCAGCCUUACUACUCCGCCACUCCCAACCAGAUCCCUUACUACACCCUCGACGGCUGCUACGACCCUGCGGGUCCUUCGCCUCCCAUGUCUGCUGCUUCUACACCGUCGCCCUGUCCCAGCCCAUCCUCCUCCUCAUCCGAGCUCGCUUCUGGAUCUGCCGAGACUGAUCCCCAGCCGGCCACAUACGCCUUUGUAGCACCUCUUCAACCUCCCUCAUCAAGUACAUCGCCUCCUCAGCCAUCCAGUUCUCAGCAGCCAUUGAUGAACACUAUGCCCCCACCACCAGAAAUUGUGGUCACCCAACCGGACCCACCUCUUCCCUCUCCUCCCCAGCACCUAGAGUCAUCUGCGCAAGCCGCUUGGUCCAUCCUUCCCGUACCACAAAUGGAAACCCAGCAAGGGCAUGUGCCCAUGGACACUGGCGAGAACGAGUCUGGUCUGCCCGCAGGUUGGGCACUGGACGCUCAGGAGAGUGGAUUACCGCCACAAUUUAUGCCAAACGGCCAGCCCCAACAAUUUCUUACUUUUGAGAUCCCUUGGGAGGGACCGGGCUUGGACAAUUCGACGGAGAACGACCAAAGCUUUGCUCCUCUGAUGGCGGCCGGUGGUCCCGAGGUUUGGCAACUGUCCGGCUUUGACGAGGAUAUGUUCAUGCUCGAUCCUCCUGGCGAGAUUGACCUCGCGAUGGGUCAAAUUACGCAGCUGACUGAAGGCGAAGCCGAGCUACAGAGACAGCAAUUUGCCCAAUUCCUGGCGAACUUUGACUUCUCGCAACUUCCCAGUGGACUGGACGUUUUCCCGGCGCCUGCACCUCAACCUCCACAGCAGGAUGUCUUUGAAAUGAGCGACGACCAAGGGCGUCCUCGAAGUGUCACACAAGAAUCAUUCAUGCAGUUCUUGAACCUUGAUGCCUCCUUCGUUGCUCCGCUCCAAGAGCAAACGAUACAGCCUGCCAUGCUCCAUGCUGAGCCCCAACCACCGACAACAAGUUCACCGUCAUCGUCGGCAACAGGGUCAUCUCAGUACGUUCCACCUUCUGGAGCCGCCAAUGCUUCAAUGCGUAGAGUCGCCGGCAGCUGGAAACCUGCGCCAGAGUUGGAACCCGUCGCAGAAUCUCCGCAUUUCUCGCAGCCCGGCCUGUGGCCGCAUUAG